GAGACACUCUGAUCUGUGGGUUCUAAGGUGGAUGGCAUGAAUAUUGACCAAUAUUGAACAUCCUCAGGGUCGAAUCCUUGAAUCAAGCAGAUGGUUCCUACGUGGUCGGUGGCUUUGUGAUGUUUGGUGUUUUCAGGUCAACUGCUGGGAACACCAGCUCUUGGAGGAUGGCUCUAACGAACACUGCCAGGCGAACAGGGCCCAACACUUCUACGAGCAGCAGAUGACACAUGUUUUGGAGGUCCUUCAGGACAUGGAAGAAAAGCGCGGGCAGUGCGUGCGCGACAGCCUCCGGAAGCUGGCGGUCUAUGAGACCUCCUGGCUGCGGAACAUGCAGUACGACCUCGAAGGGGUGGCGAAGGCUGCAGAAGACUGUGACCCUGUCAAGGAGUUGCAAAACUUCAUCGAUGCGGCGAGCAAAGAGGUCUCGCCGGCGCCGAGCUUCGCCCGGCUCGUGGCACAGCCUUUCCAUCAGCUGGGCAAGGGCCGUGAGCCGCGCAAGAUGACUCCGGAACUGCAGUCGCAUCUGCAGGUCCAGCAGCAAAUUCGGCAGUUGAUGGAGGAGCUGUCUCCUUUGGUCGACCGUCUCCUUGAAGGAGCCGAAGUGCAGGAGGACAUGGAGAAGCUGCGCCAACGCCUCUUGGAGCCCAAGAUCCGGGCGGCCUUCUGCCAGGUCUUGCGGCUGGCGGUGCUGAAGGACGACCCAGGCACUGACAUCGACAGUGCUUUGGGCAAACAUCUCAGUUGUUCGGCCUUUGAGACACUCAAGUCUUGCUUCAAAGUGGCAUUGGAUGCCGCAGACGAGCAGAAUGAUGCCUGGUCUGGGCGCGACCUCAUGGUCCUAGCACAGCUGUACCGGACCGAGCAGGAGGGCAAACCAGUCUCGUUGCUCUCGCACGUCUACAACCAUGCGCUUUGGAACAAGGUCACCUUCUGGGAAGACGUCUUGCUCCUGUCUCUCUGUGAGGCCUAUGCGGCGGAGGCGGUGUGGCGGCGAUCGUUGGCGGCAGGCAGCCAGUUCAGCAAGCCGGCGAUGACCAGCUUCCUGCAGCGCUUCGUGGGGUACAUGAUGGCCUUCGGCAUCAGUUUCGACCAAGGGAGGAACUCCGUGGCCGGCACCUUGCGGAAGAAUGCCGCCUUCCUCGGACAGCAGACGGUUCAGAUCUACAGCCAGCUGUUGCUCUCUGCCUACGAGGUGGCGACACCUGAGGGCACGGGCGGCCAGGUGGACUCGUUGAACGUGGCGAUGACCGAGGCGCUCCCCAGCGGCGGAAUGGCACCGGCCACUGUUGACCUGGGCGGAGACGACUUCGAGGCGGUGGCGUUGGGCGUGCAGGCCGACUUCUCCGCAGAACAUGCCGUCGAGACGCCCUCAGCUCAGGGUGAGGAGGCUACAGAUGAAGAGGAGGAGAAAGGAGAAGAGACACAAGCGCUGCGAGUGCUGGAGGAAGCUCAACCAAAGGUCAAUGAUGUCUUUACCUGAUUCAAAAAUAUAUAUAUAUAUAUUAUAUCCAAUACAUCCAAUGUAUUAUAAUUGACAUGUCGAUGCCCGCUCGCACAGACUACAAGCCAUUCUUAAUGCAGACACUGCUCGGUCAGCACGCACGCACGCGCUCUUGCGCUCCCCGACAGGAAAUAGGCGUUUGUUCUAGUCUGAAAAACAUGUC